AUGGCAUCAAUUACCCCUCGGGAACGCUGGAUGGUGUCGCAAGUUGUUACGGCCUUUCAACUGGCUCCCUACGAAUCCGCCAUUCAGACCCUAUUCAGAAACCGAUUUGCAUCGAAAAUCGACCCGUUCCUUAAAGGCUUAUCAUCAUCUCAGCACUUACUCUUUUUCUAUGAAGGCGGCAAUGAGCCUUCCACGCACCCAGGGCCCAUUAUCGACAAGCUUUCCUGCUCAGGUUCGCCUGCAGCUGUGUUUAAUCUUGCGUUUGUGGGGAUGCUAUCGUGCCAAAUGCGCCUUGUAGACCUGCACUUGCCAUUUACUCCUAAGAUAGCUUGUCUGCAUUGUGCUACAGAAGGAAUAUCAAUGGAUCCGGAUUGCGGGUUUGUCUACUUUAUUAGGACGAUUGCCUUUCGGAAGCCUGUGAAUCUGAACAUAGCCGGCGACGCGGACCUGGUUUUUGGCCAGUUCCCACAAUUGCCGCUUCAGAGUCUACAUAGCACGCUACGCAGCUUUUUUCUGCCUGCCGUAGAAUACUUCGACAAUUCAGACUGGAAGAAAUGUAGCCACAAUCAGCGAAACGACCUUAUCAGAUUUACCAGCAACUUCUGCAAAGAGCUGGGCGAAGCAAUCGAUUCCUUCACAGAUGGCAUUCAGCUCAGAAAGCCCGAUCCAAGGUUCUCCCUAAUUGAAAUCAGAAUGGACUAUCUCCGUGCUUGCCGGAAUCCUGACAUCGUGUCUCACUUUGAGGAGCUUCUGGAUGAAUGGUGCAGACAGAUCGAAAAGUACUUGGAGGCUUCCUCGGAUGCUGGAGCAACACAAACCGACGGGGGCCCUCGUAGCGAGCUAAGCCCCAGCGUAUCUCCGAAGUCUCGGCAGGCAGUCUUCCAUACGCUUAGAAGGUGCAAACAGCUUGACAUUGCGAUUACUGAGGCAUUCAACGAGGCCAGGGACAACGUAAAGUAUUUGACAACGUUGGAGCGCUUUAUUGACCCCCUUUACUCUGGAGCCCCGUCAAACGUUUUUGAGAGUCUCAACGCCUUAAUGAACGCAAUCGCUAUGAUAUACUCAAUAUCGCGAUACUACAAUACGAGUGAACGAAUGGCUGCCUUUUUUACCAAGAUAACAAAACAGAUGGUCGCCAAUUGCCGGGCGUGGCUCUUGAAUGGCGAGCACCAUGAAGCUUUGUGGGAUCGAGAGCCUCAAACCAUCAUCCCUAUGCUUCAAUACUGUUUAAAUUUAAAUGAUGCAUACCAUUAUCACUAUCGGCUAACUAAGGAAAGACUUGUCAGCAUUUCAACUGGGAAACAGCUUGAUGUCUCAGAGCAGGAUAUAUUUGGCAGGAUGGAUCUAUUCUGUAGACGAGUUCAGAAGCUCAUUACAAUGCAGUUUAAAAGCAUUUCCGACCAGCGCUUUGAAGGAAUGGAAUCAUAUGUUGAGCGGUUCAAGUCAAUUUUCAACGACUUCAAGGCAAAACGGCAUGACCUUUUGGAUUGCUACAACAAUCGCUUUGACCGAGAUUUUAUCGAGUUUUCUGUCCGUGUUUCGGAUCUGGAGAGCUCCUUGGGUCCACAUAUCAACCAGAUCUUUGAGACAAGCUUGUCUAUUGACGAUUCAUUAGCACUACUUCAAAAAUUUCAAGAAAUAGUGACCAAUGAAAGCCUCAAAGCGGAGCUAAGUGGGAAAAUAAACCUGAUUGUACACCGCUACAGCAUUGAGCUGACCCAGAUCCAAGAGGAAUACGAGCGACGCAGGACCAUCCCUCCAACGAGCAAAGACAUGCCACCAAUCCCUACCAACAUCAUCUGGGCUCGCGAUCUCCUUAAAAAGAUAGAGGACCCAAUGAAAAAGCUGCAGGGGCAUCCGUCCGCCAUUAAGACAAAGGAGGGCAAGCGUGCGAUCAAGUUGUACAAUAGAGUGGCUGAAGCCCUCGUUGAAUACGAGCUGCGAUGGCAUCAAGCAUGGAUGGAUUCUGUUCAAACUACAGCUCAGGCAAUGAAUUGUAGUCUGCUUGCGCGGGAUCCUAGCACUGGAAAACUGUUGGUUUGUUUUGAUCCAGAUAUUGCACGACUGAUCCGGGAGGCUAAAGUCUUUGAUCGAAUGGAUAUGGAAGUACCCGACAGCGGCCGCGUUGUUUUCUUGAGAGAAAAAAAGCUGAAGCGGUGCCACGACGAACUCAAAUUCAUCCUUCAAGAGUACCAAAGGGUGGCAGCUACAAUCCGACCUGUAACAGCGAGCCUUCUGCAGCGGCAUCUAGAAACCUUCGAAAAUCGUCUGAGUCCUGGAAUUACAAGCAUAACCUGGGCCUCCCUCAACAUUGAGAGCUUUUUGCAAUCUGCGAGUAACAAUUUGGAAAUACUAGAGCUGCUGGUUGUGACACUCAACGACAUUGUAGAAAACAGAAUCGAAAGCAACAUAAAAUCUCUAUCCGAAAUAGUCCUUGUCGACCUGCCGGCUCCUGGAGAAGUCAUAUCCCUAAGUCGCUUUGUCGAGAUGCAAGAGCAUCACGUGUAUAAGUCGGCAGGGCUCCUGAAUGCGCGCUCGCUGGAAAUCGAGAACGCCGUAAAAGAUCUUCUUGAGGCUAUUGAAAAACAGCCUAUUGACGACGGCAUCCGCGUAAGCAUGCAAAUGAACGAAGCAACAAAAGUUACCGCUCAGUAUGAGUGGAGCCUCUAUAAUGCCCUCCUAGUCGCCACUAGGAGGUCACUAGACUUCUUGAGGCGUCAGAUAUAUGUCUCUCCCGAAGGCUUAGGGAAUUUGGACUGUCCUGUUCACUGUGUUUUCGAAGUUGACUUGCAGCUGGAUGGUACGGGAGUGCGCCUGCACCCGUCCAUUGAGGAGUUUCACGAAGCAAUAAACUGUUCAGCUGUUGCUAUCUUGAACUGUUCAAAAUGCGUUCAGCAGUGGGAAACCAAGGACGCACAACAUGCAGGAAACAUGGCACCUGCACUACUCUCAACUAGCUUUGGUGACCGGCUUACAGAAGAGAGGUGCAUACAAAAAGUCUUAUUGGGAUUUUUAGGUUCUAUUCAAAAUAUAAAAGAUGAAGUGGACAAAUACCUUGUCAAAUUUGACGUCUUUAAGUGGCUUUGGGUAGAACCCUGCAAGGAAAAUUACAAGGCAUUCGCUCAGCGAAACCCAUCAAUGGAAGACUUCGAGAAAAAGCUAAAGACUUUCCAGGAUGUCGAAGCAGAAUUACAGUCAAUGGAGUCCACUAGACCUAUUGGAAUGCUUCAAAUAAACACCUCAGCGCUCUAUCCUCAGCUGAUAGAAUUAGCUCGUUCAUGGAAUAUCUACUACCUUCGCAAAUUACACAGUACGGCUAAAGAACAGUUGGAGGGUCUCACAGAGCAAAUCAGACAAAAGUCGAAAGGGCUUCAUCGGCCUGUCUCUGACAUUGAUGCUUUGAGGCACGUCAUGGAUAUAGUCACAUCCAUCGCGCAGCAGGAGUCAGACAUUGAAAUACAGUUUGAGCCUGUGUUCACGAUGUACAACAUGAUAGAUCGAUAUCUGCCUAGUAGUGUAACUCUCAUCGACAAAGACGAACAAGAUCAAAGACUACUGCUGCGUUCAUCAUGGGCGAAGUUGCUUGCUGAGGCUCAGCAAGCACAAGCACGUCUACAGAUGAUGCAGGCAACAUACAAGCGGGAACUCAUUCUUAAUAUCAAUACAUUGAAGGCGGAUGCUAGACAGUUCCGGGAAGAUUUUGUCAAAAAUGGACCUGCGUUGCCGGGAAUAAGGCCUAGGGAUGCCGUAGAACGAGUUAAGAGAUUCAAAUCAGAAUAUGACGUUCGAGCCCGGAAACAGGAAAUCUAUCACGCAGGGGAAGAACUUUUUGGCUUUCCUCACCAGACAUACCCAGAACUCGAGCAAACAAAAAAGGAAUUGACGAACUUGACUGCAUUAUACGAUAUUUAUGUCCAGGUCAUUGAUACUAUUAAAGACUGGAAGGAUAUAUUAUGGACCGAGGCUCCUCCUCAAAUCCCAUUAAUGUCCGAAAGGAUUCAAUACUUUUCAGACGCGUGCAAGAGGCUGCCGAAGCAAUUGAAGGCAUCCGAUGCAUUUUCUGAACUUAAAAAGGAAAUCGAUGACUUUACUGAGGUCUUACCACUCCUAAAAGAGCUAAGCAAGCCUUCCAUCGUACAGCGUCACUGGAAGCAAGUGGAAGAAGUUACUGGGAAGGUCCUUGGAGUUGAAAAUGAAAUGACACGCCUGCAAACCCUCAUUGAGGCAGACCUGCUUCAGUACAAAGAUGAUAUAUUCGAUAUUUGCGAGUCGGCCGACAAGCAACUGGUGAUAGAGGGGAAAUUAACUGAAAUAGAAAACUUGUGGAGGACUUGCAUGCUUGAAUUUGGCAAGUGGAAAAGUCGUGACUACAGCUGCAUUCUGCAAGGAGGCCGAGUAUCGGAAAUACAAGAGCAGCUCGAGGAAUCACAGAUGUCUCUAAAUACAAUGAAUGCGAUGCGGCAUGUCCUACCGUUUAAGGAAAGAGUGGUGAACAUGCUCAGCACCCUCUCCGAUGUCGCAGACACUCUCGAAAGCUGGACGAAGGUUCAGGUCUUGUGGACCUCCCUAGAACCAGUGUUCACCGGCGGUGAUAUCGCCAAGCAGAUGCCCGGGGAAGCAAAAAGGUUUCAUGCAAUCGACAAAGAUUGGGCUAGAAUUAUGGCAAGAGCAUCAGAGACGCUUGUUGUUGUCGAAUGCUGUCAAAAUGAACUUUUGAAGCAGCUCCUCCCUACGCUAUUUUCUGGGCUAGAGAGCUGCCAGAAAUCACUGGAGUCUUACCUUGAAGGAAAGCGCAACAAGUUCCCGCGAUUCUAUUUUGUCUCUAAUCCAGUGCUACUAAAAAUCCUUUCUCAGGGAUCCGAUGCAGAAGCAGUUCAAGACGACUUCGAAAAACUGUUUGACGCAAUAUCCAGGGUCGACUUUGACAAGGCAGACAGAAAGAAAAUUACAGCAAUUCAAGCUGUGUCCGGAUCAGCUCAGGAAGUGGUCCCACUAGCUGCCCCAGUUAAAGUAGAAGGGAAUAUAGAGGACUGGCUACGCUUUCUAGAGACCCAAAUGCAGAAAUCAAUUAAGAGGGAGUGCAGCUAUGCAGCGCAUGAAUCGGGUUCUAUAUACAGUCAGCUGACACUAAGGGAAUUCUGCGACAAGUAUAUUGCCCAAAUGCUCUGGACGGCUGACUGCCAGGACGCCCUUGACAAGAUGUCUAGGGAACGCGAUAGAGCUGUAAUGGCCCAAACAAACAAAAAGUUUGCCACAAUGAUGGCAGACCUUGUACAGUGUUGUCUCUCCGACCUGGAAACCAGUCUUCAGCGCACAAAAUACGAAACGCUUGUCACUGUUCACGUACACCAGCGUGAUGUUUUUACAGAUAUUUGGAAGAAAGUGAAGGAGCACCGGAUUAAGGAUGCCAGCGAUUUUGAAUGGCUCAAACAGACCCGCUUAUACUGGAACGCCGACACCGAAAACACGCUUAUCUCAAUUGCUGACGUCGAGUUUUCCUAUUGCCAUGAAUAUUUGGGUGUUAAGGAGCGUUUGGCAAUUACUCCAUUGACGGACAGGUGUUAUCUAACAUGCUCGCAAGCGCUUGGCAUGUUUUACGGAGGAGCGCCUGCGGGUCCUGCUGGAACUGGGAAGACGGAAACGGUGAAGGAUAUGGGACGGACUCUCGGAGUUUUUGUGGUGGUUACUAAUUGCUCGGACCAGCAUCGUUUCAGCGAUAUGGCUAAGAUCUUCAAAGGUCUUUGCCAGAGCGGCUUAUGGGGAUGUUUUGAUGAAUUUAAUCGUAUUGACCUGGAGGUCUUGUCCGUCGUCGCCAUGCAAAUAGAGUCCAUAACUUUGGCAAAAAAGCAAGCACUAAAGGCGUUUCUCUUUCCUGGCGAAUCUGCACCUAUCAAGCUCGUUCCUACCACCGCAUACUUUAUUACUAUGAACCCAGGGUAUGCUGGGAGGCAGGAGCUGCCAGAAAACCUAAAGGUCUUGUUUAGAAGCGUGUCCAUGAUGGUACCCGACCGACAGAUUAUUAUAAAGGUCAAGUUGGCAUCUGUUGGCUAUAUGGAUAUCGACAACCUGUCAAAAAAGUUCAAAGUGUUAUACGGUCUUUGUGAGGAGCAACUUUCCAAGCAGCGGCACUAUGACUUUGGCCUAAGGAAUAUUCUGUCCGUUCUCAGAACCGCAGGUGCAACGAAGCGCAGCGAACCAGAUGCCGACGAAGAGAUGCUUCUCAUGAGAACCCUUCGCGACAUGAAUCUCUCCAAACUCGUAGCGGACGACGUGCCGCUCUUUCUUUCCCUUCUCAACGAUAUCUUCCCUCGCCAAGCAAGCCCACCCAAGAAGGCCUACCAAGAAGUAGAAAGCGCCGUAAUGCAGGAGCUCCAGAUGCGUAUGCUGGUUCGAACUGACGAGUUUUUAAUUAAAAUCAUGCAGCUUUAUGAGACUUCCGUCGUCCGUCACGGUUUUAUGCUAGUUGGAAGCUCUUGCUCUGGGAAGACCACGAUCCUCAAUGCCCUUGCAGCAGCACUGACAGCCACUGGACAGCCGACACGUAUUGUAACAAUGAAUCCAAAAGCAAUUACUGCCCAACAGAUGUAUGGUGUCAAAGAUCCAAUAUCUGAUGAGUGGACUCCAGGAAUUUUUGCCUGGAUGUGGUCGCGGUACAACAACCGCGCUCUCAAGUUCAGCACCUGGAUAACUUGUGAUGGCCCCGUUGACGCCAUCUGGAUUGAAAAUCUUAAUACAGUGCUGGAUGACAACAGGAUUUUGACCCUUGCAAACAGCGACCGUAUUCCAAUGACUGAAAAUACAAGGAUUGUAUUUGAAGUAGAAAACCUUAACAAUGCUUCGCCAGCUACUGUCAGUAGAGCUGGCAUCAUAUUUAUCUCUGCAACAGACCUCGGAUGGAAGCCUCUGAUCGACAGCUGGCUACAGCGGCUGACCUCUGAUUGCCCUGAGCGAGCCUAUAAAAGCAAAAUCUUUAGCGAUUUAUUUGAGAAGUAUAUUUACGCGCCACAAAUCCUUGAGUUUACGCUUCGAGAAUGCAGUCCCGUGAUGCAAGUAACUCCAGUAAUGGUAACUGUUCAGCUACUGAACUUGCUGUCAUGCAUACUGCUACCCUAUGAGGAAAGUGCCGAAAUGCUUACGCCUCAAGAGUAUGAAAAUAUCAUGGCGUAUGCUGUCGCAUGGUCCUGUGGAGCCCUGCUCGAGCCGGAGGACAGGAUGAAAUUCAAUACCUUUCUACAGGAGAAGGUCUCGGUUCCUUACCAGGGAGAAGCAGGCCUUACAAUUUUUGAUUACUUUGUCGAUCAGAAGACCAGGGAGUUUCGCCAAUGGGCGGCUCCUGAGUGGACUCCACCUAAGGGGCCUUUCUCCUUCUCUUCCAUUUUGAUUCCGACCCUAGACUCGCAAAGGGCUGAGUACAUAAUCGACCACGUGUCCAAAUUGCCGCAUUCACCGAAUCCUCCGUCGUUCCAAUCGGUUUUACUUCUCGGAGGCCCGGGUACUGCCAAGACAUCUACAGUUCUCAUGUUCCUACAAAAGCUGGAUUCAAACGAAACGUUAUGGAGGAGAGUCAACUUAUCUUCCGCGACACUCCCUGAGCGCUUCCAGCAGACAAUCGAAUCAAGCCUCGAACGUAAAACAGGAAAGACCUAUUGUCCGCCGGGGGGAAAAGACAUGAUCUUCUUCUUGGAUGAUAUGUCUAUGCCCUUCGUAAAUGAAUGGGGUGAUCAAGUAACACUGGAGUUACUGCGCCAGUUGAUCGAGCAAAAGGGUUUCUACUUUUUGGAAAAGGAUAAAAGGGGAGACUUUAAAGCAGUUAUUGGCCUGAAGUAUAUUGGAGCGAUGAACCACCCUGGGGGUGGGCGCAACGAUAUUCCCAAUAGGCUAAAAUCUAAAUUCUUUUCUCUGAACAUGAUACUCCCAUCUUUGACAUCGGUUGACAACAUAUAUGGGGCCAUGAUGAGGAGCAGGAUUACACUUAAGAACGGCGCCACUCCACUGGUCGUCGAAGUGUCAUCAAAAUUGACGCAAGCUACGAUUGAUGUGUGGCUUGAAGUUAAAAAGUCCCUGUUACCCACACCUAGCCGCUUCCACUACAUAUUUAACCUACGCGAUCUGUCUCGCGUGUUCCAAGGGAUACUGAACUGCCCAAUCGAUAGCGUAAAUACUCAUGAGCUUUUCCUCGGCCUGUGGAAGCACGAAUGCACACGCGUUCUGGCAGACAAGCUCUGUAGGAAGGGUGACAAGGCCAUUGUACAACAGGCAAUUAAUAAUGCAUGCAUCAAACAUUUCGGUGUAGAGCUCCAGAAACGCAUUCCCGACACUCCGUGGUUUGCAGAUUUCCUUGGGGAGCCGAGUGAAGAUGAAUCUGUAGAGUUGCUGCCUGCGCAAAAGCUUUAUGAGCCAGUCCCAAGCUUGCAGCUGGUCAGAACUCGGGUAAUGGAGUACCUACAGCGCUUCAACGAAGAAAAUCCGGCGAGGAUGGCCAACUUAGUACUGUUUGACGACGCCUUGGCCCACUUAAUGAUUAUAUCAAGAAUUAUUCAGAUGCCACGGGGCUCGGCAAUGCUGGUCGGCGUCGGCGGCUCAGGCAAGCAGUCUCUCACGCGAUUGGCAGCGUUUAUCGGAGGUCAUACACAGUUCCAGAUUGCCAUUACCAAAACAUAUAAUGAAAGUGCUCUGUUUGACGAUUUUCGAAACCUCUACGUAAAUACCGGACAGAAAAAUCAGCCAACAACAUUCCUCUUGACGGACUUAGAAAUAAGGAAUGAAUGUUUUCUGGAGUACUUCAAUUGUUUUCUCUCAACUGGGGAAAUAUCGGGUCUCUUUCCAAAGGACGAAAUGGAUGUCAUGGUAGCGGAUAGAAGGGCCGACUUCGUCAAAGAGUGCCCCCAUAUGGAGGAAACCAUGACGAACAUGUAUAACUUCUUUCUCGAUCGUGUCCGAGCAAAUUUGCAUAUUGUCCUCUGUUUCUCUCCUUUAAGCAGCAAAUUCUCAGAAAGGGCACAGAAGUUUCCCGGGCUGUUCAGUUGCACCACCAUUGACUGGUUUUUGCCAUGGCCUGAAGCAGCCCUAGUCGCAGUGUCAUCGAGUUUCUUGGAUACGUUUGAGAUUGACGCAAGCCCAGAGAAGAAGACUAUGCUUUACAACAUAAUGGGAAGAAUACAUAGCAAUGUAAACACAGCAUGCAACGGGUAUUUCCGGCGCAUGCGCCGCCAUGUCUACGUGACACCAAAGUCAUAUCUUUCAUUUAUUAACGCCUACAAGACUAUAUACAAAGAUACCUUCGACGACGUAAACAACCUCGAACGCAGUGUGAACGUUGGCUUGAAAAAGCUGAACCAAGCCGCACAGGACAUAAAGCAAAUGAAGACACAGCUAAAGGCUGAAGAGAAACAGCUGCAAGAGUCAGAGUUCCAGACAAACCAGCUGCUGGCUAAGGUUCAAAGCGAGUCGGCCAAAGCAGAGAAGAAGAGUCAAGGGGUGGCAGCCUUUCGCGACGAAUGCCUGAAAAACAAAGAAGAAAUUGAACGGGAGCAAGAAGACGCUAACAACGAUCUGCAGGCUGCUUUGCCUUACCUUCGUGAGGCUGAAGACGCUGUCAAGUCCAUUACAGCAAAAGAUAUAGUUGAGCUGAAGACUAUGAAGACGCCCUCGGACAUUAUUCGCCUGGUCUUCGACGGCGUCCUUAUCCUUUUGCAAAAUCGACUCGUAGAGGUCAAACCCGAGUCGAAGGUGAUAAAUAAGAGACAAAUCGAGUUCAUCCAUGAUUCGUUUGACGAAAGCGCAAAGGCCAUGAUGGCUGACGUUCAUUUUCUCCCCAAUCUCUUCGAUUUCUCGAGGAAAGAGAAGGACAACAUCAACGACGAAACAUGCGAACUGUUGUUGCCGUACCUCGAACUCGAACACUUUAAUCCGGCAGUUGCUAAAAAGGCGUCUAACGCUGCUGAAGGCCUCUGCAAAUGGGUUGGAGCCAUGGUGAUGUACCAUGAGGCAGCAAAAAUCGUCAAGCCCAAAAUGGACUACUUAACAGUACAAACUGCCAGGGUUCAUACCGCUUUGCGUCAGCUAAGCGAAGCAGAAGACGAGCUAAGGAAAGCCCAAGCCAUGCUAGAUGAAAUUAAUCGCCAAUUCCAGGAGGCCCUUGCAUCAAAGCAGGAGCUAGAACAAAGGGCACAAGCCACAAAGCGGCGGAUGGAACAGGCAAACAAGCUCAUCAAUGGGCUUGCAGGAGAAAAGGCUCGCUGGUACAGAGCUGGUAGCGACGGAAGACUCCAACAUGUUUGCUGAACGAAGAAAACGUAUGGGUGGACUAUGGUGCAAAUUUGCAAAAAUAACGAGAUCCCGUGUUCUGACUCGAUUAAUAUAGUCGAGAUCCUUUCCGAUGAGGCAACUCGCGGCGAGUGGACCCUACAGGGACUCCCUGCAGACGAAUUAUCAGUGGAGAAUGCCAUCAUAGUCACUCGGUCCGGAAGGUAUCCGCUGCUUGUAGAUCCCCAAGGCCAGGCCCUGAAGUGGAUAAAGAAGAAGGAGGAGAAUGGCAUGAAAGGAUCUCGUCAAUGCAUUACAACGGAAAAUGACCCCAGAUUCAAAGACAAGGUAGAGUUUUGCCUAUCGGAAGGCCUGCCGGUAUUGAUUGAGAACCUCGGAGAAACCGUGCCAGAAGCGCUGGAUGCGAUUCUAGAAAAGCAGUUCACAAAAAAGGGUAAAAGACUCUACGUUUUAUUCAUGGACCAGCAGGUGGAAUGCAGCCCAUCAUUUGCACUGUACAUGACCACGAAGCUAGCGAAUCCCCACUUUUCCCCCGAGAUCAACGCCAAGUGUACCGUAAUCGACUUCACUGUCAUGCACGAAGGUCUAGAGCAGCAGCUUCUUGGUCGUGUGCUUUCCAUGGAGCAACGCUCCUUAGAGGAGUGCCUCAAUCAGUUGCUUGAGUCGGUAACCGCGAACACAAAAGCACUGAAAGAACUCGACAGCCAUCUACUAGACCGCCUUUCUCAUUCUUCUGGAAAUCUGUUGGAUGACAUAGAGCUCAUUGAAGUGCUUGCAAAUACAAAAGCUAAGGCAAAGGAAGUUGAAAAAAAGCUAAAAGAUGCACAAGAAAAGAAAACAGAGAUCAACGAAAAACGUGAGCAAUAUCGACCAGUAGCAACAAGAGGCUCGGUUCUCUAUUUCUGCAUGGUCGAGGCGUCAUCAAUCUGUUGGAUGUACAACAGUUCCCUCCUACAGUUUCUCGAGCAAUUCGACCUCUCCGUGCAGAGAUCGGAGAAGACCCAGCCAACACAAAAGCGUGUUGAAAAGAUAAUUGAAUACCUAACUUACCAGGUCUACCGCUAUGUCUGCCGAGGACUCUUCGAACGACACAAACAGACUUUCGUCAUGAUGAUCAUGCUGAAAAUUCUGCAGAUCGAUGGAGUCCUUAAAAGCUCAGAUAUUUCGUUGCUCCUUAACGGCGGGGCAGGGCAAGACUCAAAGAUAUGGCUGAACAUAUUGCAGCUUUCCAGAACAAGCUUUGGCGGGGACCAAACUCAGCUAUUCUGUGAGCUUCCGGAUUCCUUAGGAAAAAGCGAAGCUGCAUGGAAAAAAUGGAUGGAAGACAAUGAACCAGAAAAUCUACCAAUCCCAGACUACGAAGACAGGAUCAAAUGUCGAAAAUGCCUUGGGCACAUUAUUAGGCUUUGCCUUGUUCGCUGCAUCAGACCGGACAGAACCAUGGUCGCUUCUGCACGCGUCAUUGAUGAGCUUCUUGAACCAAAAUACACAGAACCCGUUACAGACUCAAUAGAGUCUAUAUGGAACGAGUCAUCUUGCCGAACACCAGUGAUGUUUUUGUUGUCCCCUGGAGCCGAUCCCACAUCAAGUAUUGAUGAAGUUGCGAAAAAAAAGCGGAAGUUUCCAACUGACAAAGUAUCAAUGGGAGAAGGCCAGGAACUUGUUGCGAGGGAGAAGAUAAAAUCCGGUUUCCUCUCAGGCAGCUGGGUUGUCCUGCAAAACUGUCACCUGGGAUUGAACUUUAUGCACGAAAUAGAAGAACUCCUCAUCCGUGAGUUCCGUCUCUGGAUUACUUGCGAGCCUCAUAAUAGGUUUCCCAUUGGCCUUCUGCAAAUGUCGAUCAAAGUUACUAACGAGUCUCCCGUUGGGCUCAAGGCAGGUCUAGCUAGGAGCUUUACAACGGUGAUCACUCAGGAAACGCUAGACAAAGUGAACCACGAAAAAUGGCGCACCAUUGUCUUUGCUAUUGCAAUGCUGCAUAGCGUUGUGCAAGAGAGGCGAAAGUUUGGUGCACUAGGUUGGUGCAUCCCCUACGAAUUCAAUUAUUCAGAUUUGGAAGCAUCUCUUUCUGUAGUAGAAAAGCAUCUAGCAUCUACAAUUUUGAUUGGGCAGCCCGUUUCUUGGUCUGCAAUUGCGUAUAUGAUCGGAGAGGUACAGUAUGGAGGCCGUAUUACCGACGACUUGGAUAGAGAGAUGUUCAGCACUUAUACCAGGAAAUGGCUAACGGAUGACCUGUUCAAACCAGGUUUCUGCUUCAACAAUACACCUACGAGCCCCCACGAAUUCAGGUACAAAGUACCGCAAGGCACUGAUAUAUCGGCCUUCCGUGACUACGUUAAUACACUGCCAUACGUCGACCAGCCCAGCAUUUUUGGUCUCCAUGUAAAUGCUGACUUGACCUUCCGGUUGCAGGAGUCCAGCUGCAUGCUGGAGACAUUACAGGGUACAUUACCGAAGUCAUCCUCUGUUGAAGACGGUAAGUCUAGGGAAGAGAGUGUGCGAGAAAAAUGCUUGGAGUUAUUAGACAAAAUACCGAGCGACUACAACGAGAGAGUAUACAGAGAGCAGGUGUCCAAACUCUCUGGACCUCCUUCACUGAACGCAAAGGGCCUGGCCGCACCACUCAACAUCUUCCUCUUCCAAGAGGUGCAAAGAAUGCAGCGAAUUUUGUCGAUUGUCCGCUGUAAUUUAUACAUGAUCAUCAGUGCGAUUGACGGUACCGUGAUAAUGACUCCGCACUUGCAGGUAGGUGUGGUGGGUGUCCCCCAGGAUGAUGUAGCAGCAAUAUUUGACCUACGAGUGCCACGAAGAUGGGUCACUAGGCAGCACAAAAAGGACCAGUGGGCCCUUGAUGACGUUGUGUUGCACUCCGAAGCUCGCAGCGUGGACGUCGAGAAACUUAAAGAUGUUCCAGAGGAGGGCGUCAAUGUCCAUGGGUUGUAUAUCGAGGGCUCGAGAUGGAACUGGCAUGAGUCAAGGCUUGAUGAGUCAUUGCCGAAGGUCAUGAUAGACAGAAUGCCUGUUGUCCACGCCACUGCCAUCACGACUAGAGAAAAGCGGAACAAAAUUUUGGAGUAUGGACAGUUCGAGCCAUAUGACUGUCCAGUGUAUAAAUACCGAAUUCGCACAGACAAGUACUUGGUGUUCCGCGUGCAGCUGCGCUCCGAUGUGCAUCCUUCCCACUGGAAGCUUAGAGGAACUGCACUGCUUUGCUCUACAGAGUAA